AUGGAUGUUCGCUACCUAUCAAAAUCAGGAGUUGACGUUGGCACAAUUCCGAAAAAAAUUCACGAACUAAUUGGAAAAUCAACUGCAGCGCCAUCGCCAUCAACAGCUUCAUCAUCAUUUAGUGAUGGAGUCUUGGACAUCCAAUGGGCAUUGAAAAUAAAUUAA